AUGUCAUCCAUCGAGUCAAAUGCUUCCAACAAUAAAGCUGAAAGUUUGUCCAACGACGACUCAGUGCCCUAUAAAACUGUCACCUACUCCGGAGAAGGCAAUGAAUAUGUUAUCAUCGACGGUAAGAAAUACUUGAGACAUGAAUUGAUGACUGCCUUCGGUGGUACCUUCAAUCCUGGUUUGGCACCCUACCCUAAGCAUCAAUUCGGUAAUGCUGCUGCCCUUGGUUUGGCCUCUUUCGCAGUUACCACUAUGGUUCUCGGUUUGUUCUACUCGGGGGCUAUGGGCAUCAGUACUCCUAAUGUCGUUGUUAGUAUGUGUGUUUUCUACGGUGGUGCUGUUGAACUCCUUGCCGGAGUUUGGGAGAUGGCCAUUGGUAACACUUUUGCCGGCACUGUAUUCGUUUCUUUUGGAGCCUUUUGGAUUUCUUUCGGUGUAAUAUUCAUUGAAGCCUUUGGCAUUGCAUCAGCCUAUGCUGAUGACCCAGCCCAAUUUGGCAAUGCUGUAGGUAUUUAUCUUAUUGGCUGGGCGUUUUUCACCUUCAUGAUGUUGACUCUUGUGUUGAAGGCUACUUGGCCAUUCAUUGCCUUAUUUGUCACUUUGGAUACUGCCUUUAUCUUGUUAGCUGCCGGUAACAUGACAGGAAACGCCCAUGUCGUCAAAGCAGGCGGAAUUUUUGCAUGUAUCACUGCUUCGUGUGGAUUCUGGAUUAUGUAUGCGGGUGUUUCUGUUCCUACCAACAGCUACCUCCAUCUUCCAGUGAUGCAGGUGCCUAUCAUUGGCUCCAAGAGAUAG